AUGAAUGUUAGAAAUUUUUUUCGCGUGGCGCAAUGGGCUGAUCAUGCGGAAAGAGGCAACAUUGUAGCCGCUGCUCGCAAAGGAACCUCUUUUUUCCCCUCCGGUAAUCACUGGCCGAUUCUCGUCUCCUCUCGCCGGAUGGCUCAAAACAACACUGUCGACCACUUGGCCCAACUACUCGGCUCUUACGCUGGUCGUGACAAGGCACUCCGAGCCCUCGCCUUCUACCUCCAGCUAAAGUCCACUACCAGUCCUGAAAAUGCCAAGGAGCUUCUCGGCCUGGCCAAACAGCUCAGUUCGGCUCGUCUGGUCAUGCGACAGUUCAAUCAUCCCAGUAUGAUCAUCGCAUGCAGGCAAACGCUGUCGCUGCUCCGCACUGGGAAAGUCGGUCGCUCAGUGGACGUCGUGGAUUUCGGCGCUGCCGCCGCAGUCACUGGGAUUUACACCGUCUAUGGUUUCGUGGAACUUUUGGCGUGGCUUUCUGACGCCAAACUUCUUCCUUUCAACGCUGUCAGAUUAUUCCAAUACUGUCUUUACAUGUGGCUAGCAGCGUUGUUGGCCGGCAUCAUUCGCCAGUUGCGACUCAUCGCAACCAAGGGGCUGCUUAAGGGACAACAGGACGUAAUAACUCUUAUCGGCCUCGUCUGUGACUUUGUCAGCGGCGCCAACUCUCUUCCGGCAGGCGUACUUUGGGCUGGAAAGUUGCGACUUCGACAAACGGCAUGGCUCUCUUUGGUCGCCUCCGUCAUCGGCUUCUACAAACUCUGGUAG